GUUUUCGAGCCAACUUUGCUGUCGGCAAUUCGUCAAGUUGUUGGGACAUUCAUUCCGCAAAUUGGCAACUUAAUAAAAUUUCCCCCGAAAAACGUGUCGGACUUCUUUCUUCGAGCCGUUAAAGAGACCGUCGACUAUCGCGAGAAGAAUAAUGUCAAGCGUAAUGACUUCAUGCAACUCCUCAUCGAACUCCGCAAUAAAGCAGAAUUACUCGAUGACUACGAAAACACAGAGUUGACAGGCACUCAGAAUGGAUCUGUAAAAAUCAACAACACUCAGAAUGGUACAUCCAAAGAUUCUGACGAUUUAGAGACGCUGAGGAAAUACCCGCCGCUGCCCAACCACUUCCGGCGAUGCACAGUGCCCUACACCAUCCCGGGCACCAAGGUGCGCCUCGAGAAGGGCACGCGCGUCUUCAUCCCCAUCCUCGGCCUGCAGAUGGACCCCGCCUACUUCCCGGACCCGCACAAGUUCGACCCCGAGCGCUUCAGCGAGGAGAACAAGGCCACGCGGCCACGUUUCGCCUAUUUGCCCUUUGGGGAGGGGCCGCGCAACUGCAUCGGCAUGCGCUUCGGGCAGCUGCAGACCAAGCUGGGCCUGGCGGUGCUUCUGCACAGCUACCGCUUCACCCCUUGCGACCAAACCCUGCGCCAGGUGAGGUUCGAACCCAAGGCCUUCUUCACCGCCUCCCGCGGAGGCAACUGGCUGCGCCUCACGGCUCGCCACUGAGCGGCCGCUCAGAUCUCGUGCUGAACCGGUUGCGAAUCAACGCGCAAGGCAAACAAUUUUUGCACUGCGAUGCUACAGAAAUGAGGGACAUGAAACUUACACAUAAAGUGCUUUGAAGAUCUCGAAAGUUGCGUUUGAAGUCUUCUACGUCUGAAAAGCAAAGAAGUGAGAAGUUACUCAAGUUUUCUUACUAUAACUUAUAGAAGAACGAAUCAACACGUAACGUAUACGUUCACACGCACUAGUGUAGUGUAUUGGUAUUAUUCCUGUUUCCGUCCUGUAGCCUGCUGAACCAUAACUCCGGGCACAACCUCCAGCUUCGUCCUUGAACUCCAUUCCCAGUUGACUACCAGGAGGUUUACGAAGUGAAGUAUGAUCUUCUUCUCCUGAAUCACAAUCUGCUAAGUUACUAUUGGCGUUCUCAGGUGGAAAUAAAACGAUGCUGUUAGGAGGAGAUUUUCUUUCAUCAUUCUCUAGUUCUUCUAACAAUUCGUGCAAGGUUAUUGGGGUUGUGAAUAAACCAUAACGAACUCCAGAUGGUAGCUUAUAUUACUACCGUCCUUUAUAAAGAAUGCGUCAAUUUGUUGCAAAUUAUAAGUGGUACGUGACAGAUUCAACGUAAUGUUAUGUUUAUUCAUGUUCUAGUAUGACGGACUAUAACAAUAAUUAUGAAUCCCUUUGGCUUUAAUAAGGAUUCAAUUUUGUCGGGAAUGCGUUUUGUGGAGAGUUUUUUUGCAUUGUGAACGUGCGUUAGCUCCAUCAGAUCUCAAUCUAUAUUGAAUUCAAGAAGUGUAAGCGUUUUCUGUUCUCCUAUUCACUUCUUAUUCUUGCUUAACUCCCUUGUCUUCUCCGCUCACCAACACCAAUUUGUUAUUUUUGCGAAAUACUCUUUUGUUGUCGAUUAAUUAGACCUCUUAACGCGGCAACAGUGACUCUAGAGAGAAGAAGUAACAUACUCAAAUGUUUCAUUUGCACAUCUGAGAAGUUGUAUUUCACUAAUCUAUAGUAUCAGAAAUUUUACACAUUCACAAUCUAGUCUAAGAAAUUACUAUUUCGCAAACUAAAGCCGUGUUGUCAAAAUUACUUCGUAUCUUCAGAAUUGAAAUUAUAAUUACGUUGUCUAAAAACAUAUUUUCUCGUUCUUCCACAUUGUUAGAGUUAAAACGGUGUAAGUUUUCUUUAUGUCUCAAGCUAAUCUGUAUACGGUUGCGUGGGUGAAAAAAUUAACUUAUAACGAAAAUAUUUAAUAUAUAAAUGAACCUUCGUGUAUAUGUGAAAACGUUUCUGCUAGUUGUUUUUUUUGUUUGUUUGUUUGAAUGUUGUUGAAUACUAUUAUAUGCAGUGUAUUUCUCUAAGAAACAUGUACAUCUCAUAAGUUACUUUGUGUACCUAUUGUAUUAAUUUUUAUACGU